AUGGCUAAGAAAGGAAAAAAGCAGCAGCAGGAGUAUUCCGGAGGCGCGCCGCCUAUCGUACCCGCCACACGCAUUUCCUGGCCGAAACUGAGACGGCACCGCGACCUGACGCUGCAACUAAUCCGUGGCUGCGAAGUACCAGGAGCGCUCUCCCCAGAGGAAUGCGCGGAGUUCAUUGCGCAAGGAGAGCGCAUUGGCUUCAAGUGGCAGGGCAGCGGUGGUCCGGCUAAGGGCGAGGCGUAUCGAGACAACCACCGGAUAUCCGUUGAAGAUAACGAGCUGGCUGCACACCUGUGGGACCGACUCGCCCCGGUGCUACAGCCGCUGCAAGCUGGUAACCGCAAGGCAGUGCGUCUGAACCCCAACAUGCGUGUGUACCGCUACAGCCGGGGCCAGCAGUUCGGGGCGCACAUAGACGAGAGCGUGACUGUAGCAGGGGGGGGAAGGACGGAGUAUACACUCUUGGUUUACCUCUCUGGUGCUCCUUCCACUUGGGAGGGGCGGGGGGAGGAGGAGGGAGAGGGGUAUGGGGAGGGAGGGGAGGAGGUGGGGGAAGGUGAGGUUGGGGCGGAGGGAGACGGAGAGGAAAGUGGUGAGAGGGACGGAGAGGGGACGGCUGGGGAGGGAGUGAGGGAGGGAGAUGGAGGGGAGGGGCGGCGGAGGAGAGAGAAGGAAGCAGCAGGAGGUAGAGGGAAGGGUGGAGUCGGGAAGCAGCAACACCAGCAUCAGGAACAAUUGGUGGGAGGAGAGACGGUAUUCUAUGUGGGAGCACGGUCACAGGAGAGCUUUGAGCAAGUGGGAAUUGUGUUGAUGCAGCAGCACAGCAGGGCCAGGCGCUUACUGCAUGAGGGCACGUCAUGA